AUGUCCAACAAUGUUAUUAGUGAUGAUGAGGGCAAUUUCAUCAGAGAGUGUACUCAGCUUGGACUCUCAUCGUCUUUGAAAUUACAACAAGAAAAAUCCAAGCAAAGACAAGAGGAAUUAAAGUUACAAAUUGAACUUUGCAAAUUAAAUUCAUUCAUGGAUGAAGCCAACAUUAAGAAACGUAAGCUAGAAGAAUCUUGUCUUCAGAUUGUUUCCGAUAGUAAAGUGCAGAAAACAAUUAGAAAGACAGAAAUUUGUGAUGAUGUUAUUGGUAAAAUAUUAGAAUAUCUUCACAGAGACCUUGAACUUUUCAAAUAUUUGGGUGUUUCUAAACAAUUCCAAAGAAUUAUUCUUGAAAAAUCAAAACAUUUGAUAAUAGAGUUUGAGAGAAAGAUAUUCCCUCCAUAUCAAUUGCCAAAUGUUGAGUCUCUGACUUUUUUUAGUGACUUUGAGCACAAAGAACAAAAUCAAUUUAUAACUAAAUGUGUAAACAUUAAGCAUCUUUUUAUUGAGAGAAUGGAUUUUAAAAAUGAUGGACCAGGUGAUAACACUGUUGAUUUCAAGUUCAAGAAACCAUCUAUAGAAUCAAUAGUUAUUAACGUGUCUCACAAUCAUUUUGUUUUGAGAGAUCGAAAUCUAUUUAAUUUAAAAAAACUUGAAAUGUGGGAGCCAUACGCAAUUGAUAUGGAUAAUGUUAUCAAUAAUUAUACAUACACUUUACAAAUACUGUCGUUGAAAGAGUUGAGGAAAGUCGAUAUUACUCCAAUCUUAAACUUACCACUUCUAUGCAGUCUAGAAUUGGAAGGACUGAAUGAAAAUCAAGUAAUUUCUAUUUUAAACACAUCGAAGAAAUUGGAAAUACUUAAAGUCGAUAUUGAUGAAGCACCUUCUGUUAUUGGUUUAAUUGAACCUGACACUAAAUCUAUUUUAAAUUUGAAAUAUCUCAACGUAAGCAAUGGAUAUUCAAAUUUUACUGGUAAAUUAUGGAAAUAUAAUUUUUCAAAUUUGAAAGCUCUGAAGAUUGAUGUAUUCAAUGAUGAUUGGAAAUUUUUCUCCACCAAUAAUACUUUCAGUAAUUUAGAAAUUUUUAAAUAUGAGAGUUAUUCAAAUGAGUCUGUAACAGCAAAUCUGGGAAAAUGCAAAAACUUGAAAAAUUUGAAACAUUUAUCUCUACAUUUUUUUGAAACUGCUUGUUUAGAUUAUGGUAUUUUUCAAAAACAGAAGUUCAAGCAUUUGAAAUCAUUAUUGAUUUGUGGAUGUAGAAGCUCAUUUAUUUGUAACUUGGCUCAAAUUGAAGAUUUGAAUAAUUUAAAGAUAUUACGUGUAAUCAUAGACAAUGAAACUGAUCUGAUUAAUUUGACCAAAUCAAAUGUGUUUGCAAUGUUGAAAUAUUUGGGAAUUAGAUAUGAUCAUGCAUAUCCACAAGAAUUUUUCGAGAAUCUGAGCUCCAACUUUAAACAACUGGUUGAAUUGGAUUGUGGAUUCAAAAACUACGAAGAGAUUGAGUUAUUAAGAAAAUAUCAUCCAAUCAAUUUACGUAUCAUUACAAUUAACAAGAAUGAAAUGCAAAGUUUGGGUUACAAAAUAUUAUCAAAUUGGAAAGAAAUUGCAUGGAAAGACAAACCGAUUAAGUCAUAUAUUGACCACAAAUUAGAAAAAAUUGAAAGCACAAUAGCCUCACAAAUUUUGAGUAGAGAUUUUUAA